AUGGCCAAGAGCGCGAGAUCCAGCGUCAGGAAGAACAACAACCAGAGACUCAAGAAGAAUGUCUUUGGUCCCGUUGAGUCUCAGAGAACCGAACGUCUCUCGGCCAAGCUCUUGGAAUUAGCGAAGGCCCCGAAACCUGAGAAGGAGGCUGAUGUCAAUAUGGAUGCUGACGAGCAAGAUGAUGCGCAAAUCAACCCGGAUGAGGGUGAUGAGGAUAUCAAGAAGGCCGAGGACACCCGCAUGGAGGUCGACUCGUCGAAGCCCCGUCGCAGGUCUGGUAGGAUCCAGAAGCAGAAGAAAACUUCCAAGAUUGUAUUCCCCAAGUACAAGGACCGUCGCGGAGGCUCCAAGAAGAAGGCCUGA